GAUCUGCCCGAGUUUUUUUUUCUUUUUGGUGGUGGUGUUGUAACUAUAGACUGUCUGUGCUGGACAGUAUCCAGCCAAGAGAGCCUUCUUGCCCUGCCCUGCCAGGCCUCCUCAGCUUGUGGAUCUUCAUGCAGAGGAACGCCUCUUUGGUGGCUGUGACAGGGAGAAUUAGACGAGAGAUGCGGGUUCACUUGCCCUGCGUAGGGGCUUAUCUUGGGCUAAGCUGAGGGACUAAUAGCAAAGCCUGCCUUCGCUCUAGCUGGUCUGAGGGCACAGGGAGCCAUCUGUCCACUCUGUGGAUAACUGACAACAAAGGGAGCAAACACUAAACACGGACUACAAACUAUAAGGCCAUUCAUUUCGAAGAUACCAGAACCAAAGAAGAGGAGGAAGAAUUUUCUAUGCAAGGUGUGGGAUGGCGGCAGAGAGUUCUGUAAUUAUUGACUUGUAGUAUUUACUUUGACGCUUUGAUAACACGGGGGAUGUCCGACAAGGAAGAAAUGGCUUCAGAUGGGAGUCUGAAUGUUACGCUGACGCUAAGGCUGCUGAUGCAUGGAAAGGAAGUUGGCAGUAUAAUUGGGAAGAAAGGAGAGACGGUAAAGAAAAUGAGGGAGGAGAGUGGGGCUCGCAUCAACAUAUCAGAGGGAUCAUCUCCUGAGAGAAUUGUCACCAUCACAGGACCCACUGAGGGAAUCUUCAGAGCUUUCUCCAUGAUUGCACAGAAGUUUGAAGAGGAUAUCACGGCAGCAAUGACAAACAGCAAUGUGACAAGCAAACCACCUGUGACACUUCGUCUGGUUUUCCCAGGGAGCCAGUGUGGCUCUCUGAUUGGAAAAGGAGGUUCAAAGAUCAAAGAGAUCAGAGAGACCACGGGUGCUCAGGUUCAGGUGGCAGGAGACAUGCUGCCGGACUCUACGGAGAGGGCUGUCACAAUCUCUGGAACUCCACAGGCCAUCACUCAGUGUGUAAGGCACAUCUGCUCUGUAAUGCUGGAGUCUCCACCAAAAGGGGCAACAAUUCCCUACCGUCCUAAGAUCCUGCCAGCUGGAGCCCAUGCAGUAUUAGCACCACAACACUCUGCACAAGCCUUUGCAAUUCCAGGGCAGUAUGCGUUUGCACAUCAAGAUUUGACCAAGCUUCACCAGUUGGCUAUGCAGCAUAUCCCCCUCCCUUCCCUUGGGCAGAGCAACCCUACCUUCCCUGGAUUGGAUGCUUCUGUCCCCACAAGUACACAAGAGCUGGCAAUACCUAAUGAUUUUAUUGGCUGCAUAAUUGGAAGACAGGGCAGCAAGAUCAAUGAGAUUCGCCAGGUCUCUGGAGCUCACAUCAAAAUUGCCAGUGCUACUGAUGGCUCAGCCAUGCGCCAAGUCACGAUCACAGGCUCGCCGGCCAGUAUCAGUGUGGCCCAGUACCUCAUCAACGCCAGCUUAGAGAUGGCUAAAUACACCAUGCAGGCUGCUUCCUCUGCGACCCCCGUUGAUCUCAACAUGAGCUUCUCUCAGUCUGCUCCCACUGCCUCCACCGCAGCUACUUCCAUGGCCGUCCUGGCGGCCACCACCCCAGCCCCCACCACCAUUAACGUCCACUCUCCCUCCACCUUACCAAGCAUCCAAAACCCACACUACGCCGUCCCUGUUUCCAGCCUGCUUGGCAUGAAAACUUUCCCUGUCCUGGCUGUCCACCCAGCAGCCGCUUCCAGCGUAACACAGGGUUUAUCCCAUUACACAGCAAAAAUGAACACCUCUGGUGGCAAAAAAUCUGAGAGGCAGAAGUUUGCUCCCUAUUGAUGCCAUAUUGAUAAGUUUUGUCAUUGUAGUUGACAGAAAAUACGCUAUUUAAAGAUGGCAGAUAAUUUAAUGUUAACAUAUAAGCUUGAAAUAGCUUACACCAGUGUGUAAGCAUUGUGACACUUAUUUCUAUAAACCAGGAGGAUAUUAGACAGAGACUGGAAUGACAGUAGUGUUAAAACAUGUCUUGGGUAAUUAAAAGAGGCAGAAGAGGUGCAUAUGCACUCAGCAUUAUCAUACGGACAUGCAUAACAUUUAAGGUGGGUAACUCAGGCUUGUAUUAGUAUACAGGGAAAAUAUAUUUUUCAUAUGGGUUCAUGUUCCAGAGCUUUAUAAUAACACUUACUCCAGGAGAUGAGUUCUCCAUAAUCCGUAUAUUGACUUAGUUUUCUAUCUGUGUACGUAGUAUUCUUUUUUUUUUAAUUAGAAAAUGUGAACUAGUAUGAUGAAAUGUGCUGCUUUGUUGGCAGAAUGCUGCGAAAAUGUUUGUCUUGUACAAUAGAAAUAAUUGUGUUAAGUAUUUUUUAACAAGGAUUGCUCUUUUUUUCUGUCAUGUGUCCCCUUUUUUCCCACUAUAGGCUCUCAUCAGUGUUAGCUGGCUUGGGUGUUCUGUAGUAGCGUUGCACUGUUGCAGCUCUGAUGGGAUUAUAUUAAAGCCACAAUGGAUUCUAGUGGAUUUGACUCCACCCAGUAAUCCUGUAGAGCAGGACUCGACUAACUCAUUAUAUACUGGUUCUGUAAAACUAGCUUGUUUCUUAAAUCUAAACAAAAGGAGCACUUCAACUUUCAGCCUCUGAAUAAGCACUGAUCAGUUAUUUUGAGGAAUGUUUUAUUCAUGUGUUUCUGAUGUGGAUUUAUUCCCAAACAAUGCAGAUUUGUAAUAUUUGUAA